AUGUCAAGGCGACAGUGCACUGGACACUUUUUGCCACCCAAUAACAACAAAAGCGCCGUCAACGUGUUCGCAAAGAAGCUUGCUUACCAUCAGCGUGGUACUGCCUCGCUCACUUCGGCGGGUCCACACGCUGCCUACUGCACUUCUCCCGGUCACAGAAGAGCUUCGCGCUUCGACACUACCUCUCCCAUCUCCGCUUGA